ACCUUCAACUACAGUAGUGGUCAUACACACUGGCUAAUCCCAUUAAUGUCCUGCUCACGCACCUGUAACAGACUCUAUGUUCAUGUCUGGGGGUUAAAGAAGAUGCCGUAAAGCCUGUCUGUUGUCUGUCUGUUUGUGUGGGUGGAGUCGAGUACUCUGGGAUUACAGGACGGUAGUUCUGGAUUAUACAUCAUGAGAUAAUACUGCAGCACAGUGAGAGAGCUGCAGUGGGACCACAGUGUAUCAGCAUCUGGACGAGCACCAUCGCCAUCCUCCUGGAGCACUUUUCCUGAUGCGUGCAUCUGCUUCUGAACAUUUCUUUCUCCAGUUGUUCGAUUGUGGAAAUUCAUUUUUCCUGGAUUUGACCAACUCCUUGUUUUCAAUAAUCUUCCAAACUUAUACGACAUAAAGAAAAUCACAAACUCUGAAUUAGGAGUCAUGUAUAACAGAAACAACACCAUCAACAUAGAGAGGAGCAAGAAGAACAAACGAGGCAAAACAUGGGCUCACUUGAAGAUCAUGCCACACCAGGAUAAGAUGGAGAUGAAGGAGAACAUGACAGAGGAGCACACAUCCAUGCAGCUCACCACUUUUGGGAAGGCCCUCUAUGACCUGACCCAUUCUGAGAAGGUGAUGAAUGACCUGACGUUCGGACGGCGGGUGGGGUUUUACGAACUAAGAGGGCAGAUCGGCUGUGGCAACUUCUCCCAAGUUCGACUGGGGAUACAUGACCUGACCAAAGAGAGAGUGGCAGUGAAAAUCCUGGAUAAAGUGCGUCUGGACAAACGCUCGCAGACACUUUUUGUCUCUGAAAUCUCCUGCAUGGAGAAGUUGUCUCACCCCAACAUAGUGCAGCUGUAUGAGGUGGUGGAGACUUUCAAGAGGCUCUACCUGGUGAUGGAGUAUGCCGGCGGAGGAGAGCUGUUCUCUCGUAUCAGGACCAGGGGGCGCCUGUCAGACUUGGAGAGCAAGCUUGUGUUCUCACAGGUCCUGUCUGCAGUCAAAUACAUGCAUGAUAACAACAUUGUCCACAGGGACCUGAAGGCGGAGAAUGUUUUUUACACCAGCACUUACUGCAUUAAAGUGGGUGACUUUGGCUUCAGCACAAUCUGCUGCCCCAGCGAUGUCCUGCACACGUUCUGUGGCUCUCCACCUUACGCUGCCCCUGAGUUGUUCAAAGAGAAAGGUUACAUUGGUCAAUAUGCAGACAUGUGGGCGCUGGGUAUCUUACUUUACUUCAUGAUGACUGCCACCAUGCCAUUCAAAGCUACCAACACAGGCAGGCUCAGAUGCUGCAUCCUGCAGGGCUCUUACGCCAUCCCCUCCUAUGUAACCCAAUCAUGUCAGGGCAUCAUUAGGGGCCUUCUGAGGCCAGUGCCUGUCGAUCGCCUCACAAUUGCACAGACCAUUUCCAGCAAAUGGAUGAGAGGCAUUGAAUACCCUGAGGCGUAUCCCUCUUACAACCCUACACCUUCCCAUCUGGUUGAGUCUGCCUACGUCCUCAGCUCAGAUGAAUUAAAUGUGAAGGCGGCGCUUGAGGAUCUUGGUAUCACCAGGGUCCAUCUCCUCAACAACAGCCUUGACCUGAGAGGCCCUGUCACCGGGACUUACCGGAUUCUGCUGCACCGCAUUCAAAAGCGGAGGUCUGUUGAGGCUGUGGGUUACAGCCAGUUACGCACCAUGGAGUCACAGAACAACUUGCGAUGGAGAGCAGGGUCAGACGGCCAAUUAAACAAGGACCACUCUGUCGUCUGUACCAUUAUGUAGCUCAGGGGUGUCAAAAACAGGGUUCUCACACCUUGGUUGACAUCAAAUUCAAGGACUGUUGAAGGACUUUCCAGGAUCAUUUCCCUCAAAUUCAAGGACCAAAUGUGCUGACACAGCUUAAGAUGAGAGGGCAACUUGUAAGAGCCGCUUCACCAAUGGUGUCCACUUUUAUUGAUCUGCAUCACGCUCCGCAUCUGGACAAGUGAUUGUCCUUGGGGUCUUGGUCAAAGUCAAGUCAAUUCAAUUCAUUUUUAUUUGUAUAACGCCAAAUCGUAACAUAGAUUAUCUCAAGGCACUGUGCAUAGACAACAUCAUGGAGAGCAGAGAAACCCAACGGUUCACACGGUGAACAAACACUCGGCGUAUGUACGAAAGAUUAUAGAUUAAACAAAAAAUCUAAGCAGAGAUCAAAUUUGAAAUUAAAGAUGUGUCAUGUUAAUCUAUAUUAGUGAAUACAAUGGAUACUUUUUUUCACAUAAUAAAAUGUGUUUAAUGGUUAACAUCAGAAAGGCUAAAUAUCAACGUUGGAC